UUCAGGCAUCUAAUGGGCUAUGCCCGCGCAGGUUCAAGUCCUGCUGGUGACGGUCUGUGCGAGGUAGGAGAGUGGAACUCCGACGGGCUCAUAACCCGUAGGUCCCAGGAUCGAAACCUGGCCUCGCAACUUUUUGCUGCUGUUGGAAGCUAACUGACAAAGUUGAAUAUUGUCUAGACAACAACAAGAAUUUACAGAAGCGGCAGACCUUGUUUGACCGCAGCUCAUUGAUUUUCGACCUAAGAGAAUAAUCUUUCUACUGCUACCUUUAUACUUCACGUAAAAAUGUUCCAAUGCAAAUAACGCGUAUAAAUUAAUGUAAUUACUAUAGAACUAUACUUUUGUAGUCAGUUCCAUUUAGUCUCUCUCCGCUUUGUAAUAUAUCCCACUGUAGCACAAAAUGAACCAAAAUCUCGUAACUGGGCACUCAUCCUAGAAAGAAAGCCACAAUACAUUGCGCGAAAGUGACAAGACUUCGAGUUGUUGAUGUUUUCAGACUCGUCGCUGGCCAUAUCAUCUCCUAAAGAGUGGUGAACUCGUGUCUAUGGAUGCCCUCCGGUUACUUUGGAGAGAAAUUCCCUCAGGAACCUAACCACAUAAAAUCAAUAAUUGUGCUAACAGGAGAGCACAAUCUGCCAAAUGUCUGCCAAUGAAACAGACAUUAGCGCAGUAUGCGUUUUUCUUGAUUUGUCUACGGAUUACCUUCGAAGUCUUCUAAAAAAUGAUGAUUUUUCCACUUUCUUUCAUUCCGUCCUGAAAAAAUCGAAAGAAUACGCAACAUUGAAAGAAGAAUCUCUUGUAAAUAGCGUAAACAAUGAACAGCAGGUCUCUUCAUUGCGUAAGCAGGUUGUUCAGGUGACUAAAGAACGAGAUGAAGCUAAACAACGCGUCUCGUCACUGGACACAGAAAUUGAAGACAUUAAAACAAAGUCGAAUCGAACGCUGGAUGAAUUACGACACAAGAAUAGUGAAUUGGAUGUUAUGAGGAACUCCUUGGAGCAGACAAACAAAAAUCUGGAAUCAAUUCAAGCAUCACAGACGAAUUUGUUGAAUGAGCUUACUUUAAAAAAUAAUGAACUACAAUUAGAACGUGAAACAGUCUCUCGAUUACAAGAGAAGAGUCUGGGCUAUCACAAAGCAAUUGAGGAACUAAAGUCUGAGAAACUCUCUUUCGAAGCUAUUCAUGCUGAUGAUGAACUUCAGCUCAAGUUGCUUUCACAGAAACAAGAGUUACUGAUUAAAAACAAUAAUCAACUAAUUUCAGAACUCAAUUCUGCGAAUGAGAAUGCUACCGCUUUGUUGAAGCAGGUUUCUGCGGAAAAGGCGGAACUGCUGAAAGAAGUGACAGAGGAGAAGAGCAAGUUUGAGACACUAAAGCGUCACCGGGAUGAGCUCGUUCUGCGCUGCAACUCACUCAGUUCUCGAUCUGAGGCACUUUCUCUGGAAUAUUCAGAGCUGAAAAAGAAACACGAUUUCCAACAAUCCAGUAACACGCAAGAACUUCAACACCAAGUGAAACUCAAUACCAUUUUAUCUGAACGAAACACCGAGCUACAGAAACGUGUUGAAGAACUUGAAGAGUCUUAUUCCUCUACCAAUAAUCUAUUUGGCGAGACCCAGGCAAAUUGGGAAAGUCAAGAAGAAAAGUUCCAACUUGAGAUUUCGCGUUUGAAAAAUGAGGUUGACUCACUCAAUAAAGAAUUAUCGAGUCUGCAACAGCAGCUUGGUCUGGCAAACAAAAGACUCGAAGCAGUAUCUGCAUCGGAUGUGGAACCGGAGUCUGUUGGCUACAUGUCCCCCUCUGCCAAGGCACUUAUUAUGACGAAAAAGUCAAAUCUUUCUAUUUCACAGUUAUAUUAUGAAAGAUUAUCUUUACUUCAGAAACUGGAAGAAUCUAAGCACCAAAAUGAGAAACUGCAAGCAAGUCUUAACGAGCUUAUUGAAGAGAUUGACAAUCAUGCCCCGACCCUUAAGGAAAAAAUGGACAAAAUCAGUGCCCAAAAUGAGGCUAUUGUCAAGCUCAGCAAAAAAUGUCAAAGCAUUGAGGAGGAGAGGGAUGACUUGCGUUCUCAGUUGAAUGAUAUACUUUCUAAGCGUCGGGAUUUGCAACAGGAAAAUGAUCACUAUCAACGCCAGAUUCAAGACUUGGCCCUUCAAGUUCGUGUCUUACUUCAGGAAGUUGACUUAGACUCUUCUGGCUUGUUGUUGUCGCAAACUCAACGUCAAUAUCUACGCGAAAUUCUCCAAGGGAAGUUACGACGUAAUGAAAAUGACACAAACCAGCUUAUCACUGAUCGUCUGACAGUUUUCCAUAAUAUCACUGAACUUCAGGAACAAAAUCAAAAAUUGCUGAAUGCUUCUCGUAGGCUGGCUGAUCAACUUGAGGAGCAAGAAAGUGCUACCGAAAACCGGUCUAAGGAGGAACAAAACGAAUUAAUCUCUCAAGCGGACAAAACGAUAGAUGAACUCAUGAAUCGCAUUAACUUAUUGAACGAUCAGUUAUCUUGCUGUUCUCAAGAGCGUGACAUGUUCCGAGAACUGUUACAUUCAGCAAAAGAAAACGAUGUGCAUUUGACGCAUAAUUACGCUGAAGCAUUUAAAGCUGCGGUUCUCGUGGAAAAAACACAAGUUGAGCUUCAACAUUUCAAAACAGCCUACCACACGCUUAAAGUCUCAACAGAGAAACAAAAUAAGAUCAAUAAUGACCUUAUUGACAAGUUGCGCGUACAAAAUGCUAAUUACUCGAGCAACGUUACUCUCUUGGAAGCUCGAUGUUCAGAAUUCUCAAAUAGCCUUUCUGAUUUAGAGUCAAUGCUCUCUCGUCUAACGGAUGAAAAGAAUAGUUUACACAACGAAUGCGUUGCAUUGAGGGAAAGUGUUGCAAAACUUAAUGCUGCUUUACAGUCUACUGAAGGUGAACUUACGCUUUCCAGAGAAGCUGUUCAAAGACUAGAACGUUUAAGAGAACAGCAUGUGGAGGAGACAGCUCUUCAUACGCUUACUGAGUCGCAAUUCAGAACAGAGAAUGGAAACCUACGUGGACAAAUCUCAUCGUUGAAUUCGUCGUUAGCUAAUGUAAGAGGAGAACUAAAAAAUGUCACCGAAAAUGCGCAGCUGUCUUACGAAAAAGCCGAAGCACGCAUUUCGCAACUUUGUGAGGAGUUGCGGCGUGCUCAUCUCCAAAUAUCAAGUCAAUCGGAAGAUAUAAAGCGACUCUCGUUGCAAAGAACUUUCGAACUUGAAAAUCAGCAACAAAAACUUGAGGCAUUAUACAAAGAAAUAUCACAACUUCAACAAAACAAUGCAUGCUGUCAAGCGGAGAAGCGGGAUCUUGAAGGAAAAAUUAAUGACUAUUGCCGCCGUCUUGAAAAAUCUGAAGCCGAAUAUAACUCGUUUAGAAACAAGUUUUUUGAAACAACAAGCUUUGGCAAUGGAGGCGAGCUACUUAAAAGUGAAACCACUUCACUGAAGCAGGAGGUUGCAGAAAAAACAGUACUUCUUAAAGAACUGCGGGAACGCCUUAUGGUUUCACAGCAGCGGGUUGGUACAGCAAAUGAGGCCCUUAAGUCGAUGAACGAGACCCAUGAUAUGUUUAAGGAGGCGUUACAAAAGGAACUUCAGAAGAAGGAUGCUUCGUUAGUGGAACUAAACGAGAAGCUGUCAAGAGCUGACGACUCAAUCAAAGCUCUUCAACAGUCUCUUACUUCUUCAAGUACUCGUUAUAACCAGCAACUGCAACAGAUUAAUGAAAAUUUGUCUCAGGAAAAGUUGCGGUCUCAAGAGCUCUCCUCGUUGCAUGAUGAGAGUAAGAAAGCACUUGAAGCACUGCAAAAUGACCUUGCACAGCAAAUCCGCCUUUACGAGGUUGCACAAUCGGAUUAUGAGAACGAGGUUGUUAAACAUGCAGCGACAGCGGAAACUCUACACAAACUUCGUCAGCAAUAUCAUGAGUUGCAGACAAAAUUCAAUGAAGUUUCUGAGGAACGCAAUAACAGCAAAAUUGAUGUCCUAAAUCUGAAGGCUUCUUGGGAAGCUCAACGCACUCAAUUGGAAGAUGAGUUAACAGGAUUGAGACGAACGAAUGACGAUCUGCAACUUCAAAAUAAGAUUGUCCACUCGCAGUUAGAAUCCUUAACGCUUAAUCUUGAUAAUCUAUCAGCGAGAGCAGCAACUACUGUUGAUAUGUCUACGAAAACUGAAAGUGAUUCGACUGUAGAACUUCAUGAGGUUAUACGCUACUUGAGACAGGAGAAGGAAAUUGCACAUAACAAACUGGAGCUUAUAAGAAUUGAGAACAAAAGGAUACACCAAGAACAUACGAGGUUGGAGAAUGAGAUUGCCGAAAAAAAUACAAAAAUUAAGGCACUCGAACAAGAACUUGCAGAUACGGAAAAGAUUUCUCAAUCCAAGGUCGAUAGUGAUGAUUACAAGCUUCUCAUUGAAAGCAACUCACUUUUGCGCGACGAAAAGCAAGAAAGUGAUGAACGCAUAAAAAUGCUGGAGUCUUCCAUAAAGGAACUGGAAACGCGUUUGGAACAACUACAAGAGGAGUUAGUUAACCUCAAAUCGGAGUUGUCCUCAAAAACGGAAUGUGUGAAACUUCUCACUGAGGAUAAUGAGAGAUGGAAAGAGAGAAAUUCAAAAAUUCUUAAGGGUUAUGAGCGUGUUGAUCCCUCCACAAUUGAUGAGUUAAAACAGAAUCUCGAAAAAGCGGAAAAAGAAAAGACUUCUUUGGAGCAACAACUCAAAACCGCUACUGACAAUCUGAAAACUCAUACGAACACUAUAUCCGAGUUGAAAACCGAAAAUACUUCGCUUAAGCAGGAAGUCGAACAGCUGAACAUCAAAAACACGAAUGUUGCAGCUGCUUGGAAGAACACUUAUGACCAAUUGGUGAGCACGAGUCAAGCAAAGGUUGCGCAACUUCGGCAAAAGCUGAAUGUUAAGAUUCAAGAAUGUGAAUCAAAACGAAAAGAAAUUGAACAACUGCACAAGCGUGUUGAAGCUUUUGACAAUCUAAAUACGGAAGAGCAACACGACAAGCUCCAAACACAAAUUUCGGAACUAGAGAAGCAACGAGACUCUUUAGCUUCGGAAUUACAAACCUUGAAACAGGCGUCAAAAUCACAAAACUCUUCUAACGACAUUGUUGGUGAAAACAAUGCCGAAAUGAAUGAACUUCGAUCCAGUAAUGAAAAACUUCAGUCUAGACUCAGUGAAGCUCAAAGUGCCCUUACAGCGCUUCAGGCUGAGUAUGCCAAGUUAAAGGAUUCCUCACCUGAACAUAAAGCCGGAGAACAAAAUCUUAUUCGGAAUUUACAAAGCGAAAUUGAACGGCUUAAAUCUAAAAUGGAAGGAAGUCCAGCAACUCAAGGUGACCAUAGUGGUCAUAUUUCUGAGGAGAAUGAGGUUGAACGAGUGCGAGAGGAGGCAAAAAUCGAGUUCGAGGAGCAACUUCGCGCAUCUAAUAACACAAUAUCCGAGCUGCAAAUUCAAAUACAACAGCUUCAGAAUCAACUUGCCAAUUCUGGUGCUAGUAGCACCUCGGAGAACGCGAAUGCGCUUGAUACUGUUGACAAAACUCAACUUGAGCAAUCAAUUGCUGAAGCUGUUGCUAUGAAAGAAAAAGAGCUUAAGGAGCAGACCACAAAGUUGAUUGAAGCUACCCGGAAAGAAGCCGAGAUGCGCAAUAAGUUGAAAAUCUCAAUCUCCGAAAAACAAGUUCACAAUCUAAAAACAAAGACUGCCGAGCUAGAACAUAAGGUGAAAGAAUUGACCGAUCGACUAAGCAAGCAAAAUAAUCACAAAGAGCAAUCUUUGUCUGGUAGUACAGAAACGACUAAGGCUCCACAAAAGACUAAAAGACCUGCUGAGGCUCAACAAUCGGCACAAUCUCAGAAGAAGAUGGCCAUAACUCGACCAACAUUGAGUAGACCUGUUCCUAUGAAACCAGAAACUGGAAAGAUCUCAAUUUCUGGAGCUUCCAAACGAACCGUUCCCAAUGCUUCUAGCCAAAAAAACAAAGGCAACUCUACUUUAAGUGCAAAAUCUUCACAAACAAAACGACAACGAGAUGACACAGGAACAUCUUCUCAAGGAAGCAAGGAGAAAAAGACGAAGUGAUAAACUUCGUCGUUCAUGUUUGUACAACUAAUUUUUGACAUGAAAGCCAGAUGGAACACGACUUAUCUAGUUUUGUUCUCACUGGCACUAGGGCUACUUGGGCGCCUAAUUCGUAAACGUUUACAUAAAUACAAAUGAAAUAUAUAUACUACUACAG